UCUCCCCCCUGUUUGCACAACAACCAAGAAAACAAUAGUGUCCCGAUAGAAGAAUAGAAUCGCAAUCACCCAAGCAGAAAAGAGAGAGAAUCAAAUAAAGGCUAAUUGACCCCUUCCCUUCUCUCUCUCUCUCAUGCUCUGCAAAGCAGAGCUUGAAUUCUUGGUUCACACACAUUCUCUUGUUAAGGUUCCCUUGUGAGGCCACCAAAGCCUUCCCCUUCACUGCCUCUCUUGUCUGCUACUUUUCUUGUCAUUGCAUUCUCUCUCUCUCUCUCUCUCUCUCUCAUGAACUAGUCUGGAAAAUGACUGAAGAGUUCCCUGCAACAGUUCCUUCUGACAGAGCAGUUGAACAGGCACUUGUGGCUUUAAAGAAGGGCGCCCAUCUUUUGAAGUAUGGGCAACGAGGGAAGCCGAAAUUCUGCCCUUUCAGGCUAUCCACGGAUGAGAAAUUUUUGAUCUGGUAUUCUGGUGAGGAGGAAAAGCAACUGCGGCUAAGCUCAACCAUGAAGAUUAUUCGUGGACAGAAGACUACAAAUUUUCAGCGGCAACUUCAACCAGAGAGAGAAAGUCAGUCCAUUUCGAUAGUACAUGCGAAUGGUCAACAGUCUCUUGAUCUGAUAUGCAAGGACAAAGCACAGGCUGAUUCUUGGUGCUUAGGCUUGAGAGCUGUAAUAUCCAGGUGCCACCAUUCCAGGUUACUGGGUGCUCCGAAACACCAAAGAGGGACACAAUCUUGUAUCUAUAGCCCAGCUAGUUACAUGCGAAGGAAACAUAAUCUGGGAAUUUCUGAGGAGACCGCCAAAUUUUCUGAGGUGCACAGCUUAUGUGGUAGUCCCACUCGGUCAAUGUCAGAGCAGUGCUUUUCUGAUGCCCUAUCAUGUUCUUCCAAUAGUUUUUAUUCGGAAUCCAGUCUUCCAAGCGCACCAAACGUCAUGGAUACUUUUACUCCAAAUUCUCCAUAUGUUGAACAAGAUGAUCUCAAGAAGAGGGGAACAGUAACAGAAACUGAUACUGAGAUUCUCCGUAGUGGUUUUAAGACACGUGUUCAUGGUUCCCCACAAAUAGAGAAAACCAUUUUGAGGGAUGUCUUGAUCUGGGGAGAACGUAUGGAAGGUGCAUGUUUGGGGUUAGGGUUUGAUAAGUUUUGUAAACCUAAGGAAUUGCAUGUGGACGCUUUGUUACCCAAAUUACUCGAGUCUACCAUGGCUUUAGAUGUACACAAAGUAUCUUUAGGAACAAAGCAUGCUGCCUUAGUUACCAAACAAGGGGAAGUUUUCUGUUGGGGUGACGGUAGCAGCGGAAGACUGGGAAAUAAAAUUGACAUGGAUGUUACACGACCCAAAAUUGUGGAAUCACUGUCCGCGGUCCGUAUAAAAUCAGUUGUCUGUGGUGAAUAUCAAACAUGCGCUCUCACAUUUUCUGGCGAAGUUUACACAUGGGGAGACAAUUGUUAUGGUUCUGAUUUAGGUGGUGAGGAUAAUAAUAGGAGCCAGUGGCUUCCGCAUAGAAUCUCUGGUUCUUUGGACGGUGUAAUCAUAUCACAAGUUUCUUGUGGAGAGUGGCACACGGCAAUUGUAUCUGCCUCUGGAAAGUUAUUUACAUACGGAGAUGGGACUUUUGGGGUUCUUGGGCAUGGGAAUCUUCAAACCAUAUCUCAACCAAAACAAAUUGAAUCUCUCAAGGGUUUAUCGGUGAAAUCUGUCGCAUGUGGGUCAUGGCAUACAGCAGCAGUUGUGGAAAUCAUGGUUGAUGGAUGUAAGUUUGACGAUCCGGGUGGUAAAUUAUUUACCUGGGGAGAUGGGGAUAAAGGAAAGCUUGGUCACGCUGAUCAAGAGAGGAAACUCUUACCAGCAUGUGUCCUACAGCUAGUGGACCACAAUUUUGUUCAAGUUGCAUGUGGAAGAAUGUUGACUGUUGCACUAACUGACAGAGGUAAGGUUUACACAAUGGGGAGUGCCGUGCAUGGGCAACUGGGGGAUCCACAUGGCAAAGACAAAUCGAUUACUAUCGUUCAGGGGAAGAUAAAAAACGAGUUCGUUAGGGAGAUCUCGUGUGGAUCUUAUCAUAUUUCUGCCUUGACUUCAAGUGGGGGUGUUUAUACAUGGGGAAAAGGUUUGAAUGGGCAACUAGGAUUAGGUGACACCGAAGACAGGAACUCUCCAACUUUGGUGGAGGCGUUGAGAGAUAGGAAGGUAGAAAGUGUAACUUGUGGGUCCAGUUUCACAGCUGCGAUUUGCUUACACAAGUCUAUUUCAAGUAGUGAUCAAUCGGCUUGCAAAGGGUGCGGAUUGGCUUUUGGGUUUACGAGGAAGAAGCACAACUGUUAUAACUGUGGUCUUUUGUUUUGCAAUGCAUGUAGUGGUAAGAAGGCCACGAAUGCUGACCUGGCACCUACCAAGAGUAAGUAUUUUCGAGUUUGUGAUCCGUGCUUCAACACCUUGAAGAGGGUUACACAUUCAGAUAGGCUGCCAAAGGUUGAAAGUCCUAGUCCAAGAUUGACUUUGACCGCAAAGAAGGCAUCUUUGGAAGAGAGUGCAGAGAGAGGAGAGGCAGUUAGUACACCACGUCAAAUGGUUUUAACCAGAAAAUUUUAUAAAGAGAUUAGCCAAUUGCAUGAAAGGAAGAAUGUGAAAAGCCAAGGGGAAAAUCAGCAGCUUUUAGACACUGUUUCUUCUUGUUCGGUCGGGUUUCCCAGAUGGGGCCAAGUCUCCUGCCCCGUAACAUUUAGUAACAUCAACAGAGAAAACACAAUGUCCCUCGUUUCUGUUCCGAAGAAUCAACUUUCUUCCACUCCUGUCUGUUCACAACGGAUUCCCUUGGGAUCAAAAUCUCCGAUUUCAAGUGCCAUGAGUGCGCAGAAAAGCUUCUUGGAGUCAGACGAUUGUCUAAUUGAAGAAAUUCACGAGCUGAGAGCUGAGGUUGAGAGUCUUGAAAAGCUAUGUGAGACAAGGAACGAGGAAAUAAAAGAAUGUAAACAGAAAAUUGAAGAAGCGUGGUCUGUGGCGAAGGAGGAAGCUGCCAAGUCUAAAGCAGCGAAGGAGUUUAUAAAUGUUUUGAAAUUGAAGCUCCAUACUACUUCAGAGGAACUUAAAGCGGAAAAGGAGUUCAAAGAUCGAGUUAGUGCUCAUCUCCCUCAAAUCACAUCCGUACCUAUAGAUACCCCAUCACUGAAGGAUGCGAACACAAUGUUAAUUCCUACGCGUUUGCCGACCAAAGUUGGAUCUCUGGAAGGGCAAAAAGUUGACAGUAUAUGUGGUCCUCAGAUCUUUUUCUCCAAUACUCUACAAUCUAUUUCUGAUGGAGACUUCUACCGUGGCGGCCCUAUGUUAGCAGAGGAAUCAAUUGUCGAAAAAACUGCUUCUGUAGAAAAUGGAUUAAACCCCUUGAAGUAUGAAUGGGUUGAGAAGUGUGAACCCGGCGUUUAUAUCACGUUCAUUACCCUGCCAAGCGGGCAGAAGGGCGUCAAGCGAGUGAGAUUCAGCCGGAAGAAAUUCACCGCGAAGGAAGCAGAGAGAUGGUGGGAAGAGAAUGAACUAGCAGUAUACCAGAAGUAUGGGAUUGAGUAAAACAUAAGCUCAAACUAAUAUCAUGGGAGACCAGUGGCUGAUUUGGCUUUUUACCUCCACACUAUAAAAUCAUUCACUUCUUGGGGCCAAAGCAGAUAUGGGUUCAUAUGGUGGAGUCUUGCUAAAUCCACAUGGUGGAAGUGUGGAUGGUGAAGUAAGAAGGAAGAUGGUGAUUCAAAGUUAGUUACUGUUGCCUAGUAAUGCUAUUAACACAAUAUUUUGCAUAACGAUGUGCACGACAUGCUCGUGUGGCACGGUUUGUUGGCGGUUGUAUGAGAUGGUAUUUUUCAACACUAACGAGACAGUGCCACGUGAACAUGUUCUGUAGAUUAUUGUGUGAAAUAUUGCGUUGACUGUUAAUAGGCUUUUACGAUGUGGGUGGAGAGGAAAGAGUGAUUGGAGAGGGGAUGAGAGUGAUUUUUGGUGUAAAAAAAAAAAAAAAAAACCUGGCCCUCAUCUUGUUCAUAGGGAGCAUAUCUUGCCUACUUCAUCGAACUGUAUAGUUUUACACUUUUCAUAGAUAUCUCUCUCUCUUCCGGUAAUAUAGUACUUGAUCCCUACCAAAUCCAUGUCUAGCAAAGAUGAAACACAUUCCGGAACAGAAGCAUAAAAAUGUAGACCCUCAAGAUCAACCGUUGCGUACUUCGCCAGUGUGUCGGCGCAGUGGCGUUGCAGCAGGCAUGUCCUGCAGAGACCUGAUGUUCAAGCAUGGAUGUGAAUUGACAUAUGGGCUGGAAUUAAUGCUGAACUUUGGCUUUGUGGUAACCAAAUAUUGCCUGUUCUCCAUUUGACUUAUAUUCCCUCUGUUUUACAACUAAUCCCUACCUUUGGCUGGGGAUAAUUGAAUUCGUGGAUAAUAAGGCAGAUAAAGAUUACAAAAGUAAAUUUAGUAAUGACUUUUA